UCCUGCAUUCAUAAAAAAAAUUGGAAGCAAUCAAAACAUCUUAAAUCGAAAUCUCAAUCAAAAAAGUCUGAAAAGACAGACUGAAGACAAAUCAAAAGCGGCAACUGACCAGUAAUUUGAACGCAAAUUGCAUUCGUGCAAGUUGCUCGCUAUAAUUGAUUUUACAUGGGUUUGAUCAUAUUAUAUAAUAUAUCACCAAAUAGAAAAUACAAACAUUAUUUUCAUUUGAUGAAACAAAAAAUACCAUUUGAAAAGAAUGUCAUUUGAUUAUUAAUUGAAGGUUCAUAUUAUCAAAUGUAAUCAAGAUUAAGUCCUCUUGUCUUCUCGCUCGGGCUCCUCCAUUGUAUAAUAUGCCCCUUUCAAAUAUUCGUAGGGAAUUUGUAGGCGUUGAUCCAGUAGCAGGAUUUAAGUCAGACUUGGACAAGUUUUUAAACACAUUUUCUGAUCAGCCCUACAAUUUCCCAUUCAGAUUGUAUUAUGAAUAUUUUUUUUUUUGAAUCAAUGCUAAAGUAUUUUAAAACUAUAUUUUGGUUCAUCUUACUUUCACCUAGUUUCUAGAACCGAUAACUUCUUUAGUUGUCAAGUACCUAAUUCUAUUAUAACCCAAAACUCCAGAUUUAAGCAAACUCAAAAUACAUCGUCCAUUUACCGUCAAUAGAGGGAAAAUUUGAUAUUUCGAUUCAUUAAUUUCUUUUAAGCAUGUUUGGAGACGUGCUUCUAUUUACCCUACAAUUGGCGUAAAUAACCCCUAAACACAUAAAUCGUUCAUUAGUUUGUUGAUAUGUUUGUCCAAAUCUGAACCUCAGAAUAUCUCGAUAUUGUAUAUUACAUUUUUUAAGCAUAAUAUAUCGCUUUUCACGAUCAAAGUAAAGUCCUUCAUUAAUCCAAGUGUUUGAAGGUUGCUCAGUGACAACGAACGCAGGAGUUCCGUGAUAUUUGCCGUCUUUGACUAAGUUUGGGACAGCUGAUCUAACGCCGUCCCCGACGAAUCUCAGAGCUCGUUCGAUCCAGGAACAGUUGGGCCGCACGGUCCCCACCUUGACCACGCAACAACAGUCCGUUCAACGGGCCGAAAAGCUCUUCUUACAAGAACUUGGUCUGAACAGGUCUGAACUCGAACGUGAGAAAAGGAAGUAAAAAAAUGCCUUUCAAGCAAUCUUGUUCUUGAUAAGCCGAAAGCUCAUGACAUAAAAGGUUGAAUGACUUGUUCAACUUCUAGCAACCUAAAUUAGCGCUUUUUCAUAAAAAAUAUCAGUUCGAAAGUAAUUUGAUGCAUAUUUGUGUUGUUUUAAAGAGCCGUUAUUUUGUGGACAAAAGUGUCCCCAUAAAAAAAUCAUGUGCUACUCGGUUGGCUAAACGGUAGAACAGACUAGCAUGUGAUGAAAUGUCAGGCGACCAUUCAACCGAGUGGUCGGUCUUCCAACAUCCACUUUAAAAGUCUGUUUCUGGAUAUCCUUUCCCCUGUCCAUUUUUGAACUUCUUCAAAUCUGGUCACCUGUCGACUUGGCCAGAAAAGUUUCUAACAAAACAAACUCUUCCACAAGGGCAGAUAAAUUAUUUAUUAGAUUAAUUGCGACCCACCCAAACAUCUAUUUUUCUAGUAGUAACCAACCCAUCUUCGAUAACCCCAUUUUUCGUGGGCUGCGCCCUUGUAGUGGCCUCUCGUCAAUGCAAAUUGCUGGCACAAAAUGAAUGACAUUCCAUGGGUGUCCCGGGAUAUCACCGGUCCAGAGGAAUGGUCCCAAUAUGCCGAGAAGAUCCUCCGGGAUACGGACAAUGCCGAUAUCCAGCCUAGUUAUGGGGACAUUGCGGGCAUGUUGGAGUGCUCUUGUCCAAGUCCCGAACAUCAUGAAGAAUCGCGCGCGCUUUCAUCGCCUUUACUUCCCUGUUGGUUUGUGGAUCCCACGGUCAAGUAUCAAUUUGGGAUCCUCUCUUGUCUGAAACAUGUCCGCCCUUCAGAGGAGGUGUGGCGACGAUUACUCAAGCCAGCUUGCGUCGAGUUAUUUGUGGUGUUUCCUUCAUUAGUGACCAUUGAGGGCGAUGAAGAUAUUAGACGGGCUUGCUAUUUCGUUUUCAAGGGUUUGGACCCUUCAAAUGAGGCUGCCCGAUUGUUUUUAUUCAUUUUGGAUUUAGCCAAUCUGUUACGCUUGUGGGAUUGGAAAUUGAGUACCCAAGAGAUGUUAAGACUCCUCACGUCUGAAUGGGCUCUUUUGGAAGACAAACAUGGUUUAGGCCUGGACCAGCCCGCUAGUUUUUCCCAUCCAGUCCUGGAUCUGCCUUUGAAAGUGAAGCAAAUGCGAUAUUUCAUCCAGAGUUUGGCCAUGGACCUGAUCUACCUGUCUUAUGAACCGCCGUGCGUUAUCUUAAAAAACUUGCCUUAUCUUAUGGGCCAAGCCAUUUGUCCAUUGUGGAACCUGAUUCGCCCCUGGCCCGAAUUCGUCCAUGAAGCACUCUAUCAAGCCCAAGAACAUGUCCGAUGUUUCGCACCUGCUUCAAGCCCCGCAGAACCAAAAAUUGACUCGGAUUCAGAAAUACAACAGAAGGAGAACUCUGUUCCUGAUUCAUCUUGUCCCACGGAAUUUGCAGCGAGGAACAACGUGCUUGACGAAAUGAUCCACCUCACGUGGAAGAAAUUGGUCGAUAACGAGGAACCUCUUCGAGUGUGCGAUAACUGUGGUCGAGAAGAAUUCGACAUGAAGGUCUGUUAUACUUGCAGGGCCUCGUUCUUUUGCAAUAACAAAUGCUUCAAGAGGGCACAAAAGACCCACAAGAAAAUGUGCGCCCAAAUUGUCAACCAGCGGUUAAACAUUGUAAUGGAAGUGCUAAGGCAACCUCAACUUCCCAAAUUAUAG